AUGACGGCCAAAGGCUUUGUGGAACAACUUAAUUGUGAACCAGGAGAUUUAAAGGAGAGAUUUUUGAACUGUAUGAAACAGCUCGAUGAAUUUACAUACCUAAUUACCGACUUCAAUCUAGCUGUUAACAAAUUAGAAGCAAUUAAAAGUAAUAUGGAGCUUGCUCCUGUUCAUGACUCAUCCAUUAGGGCUUUGCCGGCACCACCACCCUCUGCACCAUUCAAUCUAAUGGAUGUCUUAACUGAGCAUACACCGUCAACAUCGAAGACUUGCCCUAAUCAAUGUCCAUCAGAGAAACCUACUCGUAAUAAAGUGCCAAAAGAAGAUCAAUUACUCAUAGCUUUCUCUAGCUCCUCCUGCUCUGCAGAGAGUGUACCGCAAACAAAAAGUAACACCACAGAAAAAGAGGUGCAAUGCAAUAUUGUGGACAAUACAAAAAAGAUUUCAAAUAAUGAUACUUUAAAAAAAACUGUAUUUGAAAAUUACAACUUGCCAGCCCAGAGAAUACUUCAAACUGACCAAGAGUAUUCUGCAACAAUCUUGAAUGUGGACGGUAUUUCAUUUUGGGUGUGCACAGAAGAUCCUGCGGAAGUCCAUGACCUCAUCGCCGAGAUGACUGUGUUCUAUCAAAACAAUUACAUUGAGUUGUCCCCUGAAGACGCGACUUUACUUACUUACUGCGCUUGCUACGAAGACCACAGUGACAGCUACUACCGCGCCCUCUUCAUAUCGCUAACUGAGGAGGACAACAGAGUGGCCGAAGUGUUCCUAAUGGACUCCGGUGAGGUGCACAUUGUUCCGAUAGUGAACCUUCAGCCUCUGGCGAAGCGCUUCUGCGCCGUCCCGCCUUACGCCCGGUGCUGCCAUCUAGCGGGGGUGGACCUGUUAAGCAACAAUAACGACCUACACGUGAAACUGGAGGAGUUCUUGAAGCGUUACAUCGGCACAGUCUGCACCGUCGUGGUGGACGACAAUACCUCUGAAUCUCUUGGCGUGUACGUGAGACUGCCCUCAAAAGCGGUCCUGAACACUUUGCUGGUCGAACAGGGCCUGGCACAAGCGAUUGAGAGAGUGAACUUAACGGACGAUAAGAUUGUCAAGGGGCCACCAGAGAUGUUCGAAUCGGAGAUAGACAUCACUGACUGUCCAGAACACGAAGAUCCCGUGGUGGCUGUGACGUUGAAGUGUCCAUUGAAUUCCAAAUGUUUAAACAUUCCAGAGCAAGUGCCCUCUUUCGGCGUGGUGCUGCCACCUACAAAUCUGGACAGCCUCGUUCGAGACAUGAACAGCCCGGCAGCCCGAAUGGCGUACAAACCACUCAAGAUGAGCCCGGCGCCCGGCGAAUUGGUGGCAGCCCUGUACCCCAUGGACGACCAAUGGUACCGAGCGAGGGUCCUCUCCUCCACAAGGGCAGACCAAAAUGUUGAGGCAAGACAUGUUAUUUUUCUUUCUUUGAGGCAUGCUGGCAAACAAGCAGCCAGCACAUCUCAUGGCAAGUCAAUGCAGUUGUUUGUAAACACCCCCGUCAUAAGAGUUUCGGAACCUUUGACAGGAUACCAAAGGAUGAGAUCCCAG